UUCUUUGUUUGUUUGUUUGUCUGCCUCUUUGUUUGUCGGGUGUUUGUUGUUUGUUUGUGUAUUGUUUGUCUGCUUGUUCUAGUGUUUGUUUAUGUUUUUUGUCUGUCUGUUUGUUUGUUUGUCUGUUUGUUUGUUUGUCUGUUUGUUUGUUUGUCUGUUUGUUUGUUUGUCUGUUUGACUGAUUUGUUUGUCUCUCUCUUUGUUUACUCGGCUUUAUGUUCUUUGUUUGUCUGUCACAUUGUUUGUCUUUAUGUCUGAGUUUUUUUGUUUAUCUGUUUGUUUAUUUAUUUGUUUGUUUAUCUGUUUGUUUAUUUAUCUGUUUGCUUGUCUGUUUGUUUAUCUGUUUGGUUGCUUAUCUGUUUGUUUGUUUAUCUGUUUGUUUAUUUUGUUUAUUUAUUUGUUUGUUUAUCUGUUUGUUUAUUUAUCUGUUUGUUUAUCUGUUUGGUUGCUUAUCUGUUUGUUUGUUUAUCUGUAUGUUUAUCUGUUUGUUUAUCUAUUUGUUUGUUUAUCUUUUUGUUUGUUUACCUGUUUACUUAUCUGUUUGUUUAUCUGUUUGGUUGCUUAUCUGUUUGUUUGUUUAUCUGUUUGUUUAUUUUGUUUAUUUAUUUGUUUGUUUAUCUGUUUGUUUAUUUAUCUGUUUGUUUAUCUGUUUGUUUAUCUGUUUGGUUGCUUAUCUGUUUAUUUAUCUGUUUGUUUAUCUGUUUGUUUGUUUAUCUGUAUGUUUAUCUGUUUGUUUAUCUAUUUGUUUGUUUAUCUAUUUGUUUGUUUAUCUGUUUACAUUUUAAUCUGUUUGUCUGUGUUUGUUCAUCUAUUUGUUUGUUUAUGUUUUGUUUGUUUAUCUGUUUGUUUAUCUGGUUACAUCUAUUGUUUAUCUGUGUUUAUCUGUUGUUUGUUUAUCUGUUUGUUUGUGUUUGUUUAUCUAUUUGUUUGUUUAUCUGUUUGUGUUUGUUUAGCUAUUUGUUUGUUUAUCUAUUUGUUUGUUUAUCUGUUUGUUUAUCUGUUUGUUUGUUUAUUUGUUUGUUUAUCUGUUUGUUUUUAUUUGUUUGCAUCUAUUUGUUUAUCUGUUUGUUUGUUUAUCUGUUUGUUUUUAUUUGUUUACAUCUUUGUUUAUAUGUUUGUUUAUGUGUUUGUUUAUCUGUUUACUUAUGUUUGUUUAUUUGCUAUCACUUUUGUCCCACAUUGAAAUGCCACCAAUCUAAG